UAGAGUACAUGUCCCAUUCUUUCAAUGGUUCUAGUGCGGUUUAAAGUCUUUCAUCAAUCUAUAUAUACAUCUUAAGGCAGAGAACCAACUCUUCAAUACAAACCUUCAAUCUAAGCAACUAUCCAUUUCUUAGAAGCUUCAAAUUUCAAUUUAAAGACACAAGAAAUGUCUUUGUUUAGAGGUCUCUUGAGUGCAAAGAGGAUUAUUGGCCUCUCUGUAGCGGCUACAAGCAAAAGCACAGUUUCAGCGCCAAAGGGGUUUCUUGCGGUGUACGUUGGAGAGAGACAGAAGAAAAGAUUUAUAGUUCCAGUCUCAUACUUGAGCCAGCCUUCUUUUCAAGCUCUCCUCAGUAAAUCUGAGGAAGAAUUUGGAUAUGACCAUCCAAUGGGUGGACUAACGAUUCCUUGUCCUGAAGAUACCUUCAUCAACGUGACUUCUAUGCUUCAAUGAUGAUGUUCCAGAAGAAGAAAAUACUGACAUUAGUCAGAGCUAGAAUCAUUCAAUGUACAUAUGUUAACUGUUUUCCUUAUUCAAUGUGAAUAUGACCAUUUGAAAAAUGAAGUUCUUUGAUUUAUUCUCGUUGAUGAUAUGAAUCGUUGGAGAUAUCAUAUUAUAAUAAUAGUUUUGUGAAUGAAGUA